AAAAAAAAUCGACUACCAGAAGACGUACAAAGGAAGCCGUUAAUCUUCCUUAACUUUCAGUUUCAGUUUCCCACUUUCCAGUCACAAACGCGCGUUUCAAAUUAAUCCCAUUUAUUCACAAACGCGCGUUUCAAAUUAAUCCCAUUUAUUCACAAACGCGCGUUUCAAAUGACAGAACUUACAAAAUUCAGCGUCCUAUGCAGCCUCUUUACAUGGACACAACGAACAAAAGCACCAGCGAAGAAACGCGCAAAGUUCCGGAAGUUUCUGGACAACUUCUGCACUGAUCGGAACUAUUUUCCGGCCAUUCGACUCAUUCUACCUAACCUUGAUCGUGAACGUGGUUCUUAUGGGCUUAAAGAAUCUGUUCUUGCUACUUCUCUUAUUGAUGCUCUUGGAAUGGCGAAAGACUCGCACGAUGCUCUUAGGCUUGUUAAUUGGAGGAAAGGUGGUGCCAAAACUGGUGCUAAUGCCGGUAAUUUCGCGCUUGUCGCCGCAGAGGUGCUGCAGCUUAGGCAAGGUACUGCUUCAGGUGGACUGACAAUAAAGGAGUUGAAUGACUUGCUUGAUCAAUUGUCUUCGAGCGAAAACAGGGGUGAGAAGACUUUGGUUCUUUCAACCCUUAUCCAAAAGACAAAUGCGCUAGAAAUGAAGUGGAUCAUCAUGAUAAUCCUCAAAGAUUUGAAGCUCGGAAUUAGUGAAAGAAGCAUUUUUCAUGAAUUUCAUCCAGAUGCUGAAGACUUGUUCAAUGUUACGUGUGACUUAAAACUAGUUUGUGAGAAGCUAAGGGAUCGGAACCAACGUCAUAAGCGGCAGGAUAUUGAAGUUGGAAAAGCUGUGCGUCCUCAAUUAGCUAAGAGAGUUGCUAACGCAGCUGACGCAUGGAAGAAGCUUCAUGGUAAGGAAGUGGUUGCUGAGUGCAAAUUUGACGGUGAUCGCAUUCAAAUUCAUAAAAAUGGAACGGAGAUACAUUUUUUCUCAAGGAACUUUAUUGAUCAUUCUGAAUAUGCUCAUGGGAUGUCAGAAAUCAUAAUUCAAAACAUUCUUGUCGAUAGAUGCAUACUUGAUGGUGAAAUGUUGGUCUGGGAUACAUCCUUGAAUCGAUUUGCUGAGUUUGGCUCUAAUCAGGAAAUAGCCAAGGCAGCAAGGGAUGGGCUUGAGAGUAAUAGACAGUUAUGCUAUGUGGCAUUUGACAUCCUUUAUUUUGGAGAUACCAGUGUAAUUCAUCAAACAUUGAAGGAGCGGCAUGAGAUUUUACGUAAAGUUGUUAAGCCAUUGAAAGGUCGUUUUGAAAUUUUACUACCUAAUGGUGGUAUCAACAAUCAUCGGUCUUCUGGUGAACCAUGUUGGUCGUUUAUUGCUCACAAUGCGGAGGAAGUUGAAAGAUUUUUCAAAGAAACCAUUGAAAAUAGAGAGGAGGGAAUUGUAGUAAAAGACCUCAGCUCCAAAUGGGAACCUAGUGACCGCAGUGGAAAAUGGCUAAAGUUGAAGCCUGAUUACGUUCAUGCUGGCUCUGAUCUGGACGUACUUAUCAUAGGUGGCUACUAUGGUUCCGGACGACAUGGGGGAGAGGUUGCUCAAUUCUUGGUGGGCCUUGCAGAGCGUCCAUCACCAAAUACACAUCCCAAGCGAUUUAUCUCCUUAUGCAGAGUUGGUACUGGACUUUCUGAUGAUGAGCUUGAAGCAGUAGUGACCAAACUAAAACCUUACUUCAGAAAGUAUCCAAAGACGAGCCCGCCAAGUUUUUAUCAAGUUACUAAUCAUUCCAAAGAAAGACCUGAUGUGUGGGUCGAUAGCCCUGAAAAAUCAAUUAUUCUGUCUGUAACCAGUGACAUCCGAACCAUAGAAUCAGAGGCAUUCGCUGCACCUUACUCUCUGAGAUUUCCUCGGAUUGACAGGGUGAGAUAUGACAAGGAUUGGCAUGAAUGCCUUGAUGUACAAUCAUUUAUAGAAUUGGUGCAAUCUGGCAACGGUACCACACAGAGGAAUACAGAAUAUGGGAGCAACAAGGACAGUAAACCAAAACGCAUGAAAUCCUCUACAAGGGGAGAAAAGAAAAACAUGUCUACUGUUCCCUCUCAUUUAAGUCAGACUGAUGUUUCCAGUGUUACGGGAGGUUCCUUAAUGUUUUCAAAUAUGAUGUUCUACUUUGUUAAUGUCCCUCCAUCUCAUUCGCUAGAGUCCUUCCACAAAUUAGUUGCUGAGAAUGGGGGCACUUUCUCAAUGAAUUUAAAUAACGCAGUCACUCAUUGUGUUGCAGCAGAUAGCAAAGGGUUUAAAUUUGAAGCAGCAAAACGUCGUGGUGAUAUCAUUCAUUAUACUUGGGUAUUAGAUUGCUGUGCACAAAAGAAGCUCAUCCCCUUACAUCUGAAGUACUUCCUCUUUCUUUCUGAACUGACCAAGAAGAAGUUACAAGAAGAUAUUGAUGAGUUCUCGGACUCUUACUACUUGGAUCUCGACCUUGGAGACAUCAAACAGCUCUUAAGUAAUAUUAAUAGGUCAGAAGAUGUCAGUACUGUCGACCAUUACAGGAAAAAAUACUGCCCAAAGGAUAAGUGGUCUAUCUUUAAUGGAUGCUCCAUUUAUUUCCGCACCACAAUGCCAUCAUUGAAAGAAGAUUGGCAAAUUCUAUUGGAACUUUCCUCGAAGAGAUUCAAAGUUGAAGUUCUCAUGGGUGGUGGAAAAGUCACAUCUAAUCUCAACUCCGCAACUCAUGUGGUGGCCUUGUUCUUACCAAGUUGUCAUACCAACUAUGAAGACGAAAUACAGAGUAGUUUCACUUCAGUUGAGAGAAAACUUCUUGGAAGAAAGAGGUUGCAUAUAAUUAAUUCCAAGUGGUUAGAAGAUUGUUUAAACAGUUGCCAAAGAUUAUCAGAAGACACUUAUAGCAUUAAGCCCUAUGGAAUAGAAGAGUCAACUUCUGAGGAUUGUGAACAUGCCUUGGCGGUAGAUGCUCAUCUGAUCAAAAAAGAUAAUGUAGAAGACCAAAACGUAUCCAUCUCUAACAAGGGAAGUAAACAGAGUAGUGUAAAAGCUGCUUCUGAAGACAGUUUAACUUUGGCAUCCCAAGCGAAGGUUGGACCAAGGAAAAGAGGAAGACCUCCAGGCAGAAGUAUUACAAAAAUAAAAACAGACACAAAUCAAGCUCGAAGAGUUCGAUCACAGAUUGCGAAAAAGCGUGCCAAAAUAUCUGAGUAUGAAUCAGAUGAAAGUGAUUCUCUCGAUAAAAGACCAUACGAGCAAGAGGCUGACAAUGUAGAAGGAAGUCUUGAUUUUCACUACGUACGUUCACAACCACACGAGACUGAGAAAAUUCAUAAUGUCCAAGGUGGUACUGAAGGAGUAGAAAGUUCUGAACAAAACAAGGGAAUCGGGCUAGAGGAUUUCAAGGACAACCAACAUGAAAAUAUGUUUGUUCCCGAAAUUGAAAUGAAAGAUGCGGACAAUGACCAAAGUAGUCAGGUGACUGAAAAACUUGAAAUUAUGACUGAUCCUGUACAGGCAAUGUUACUUGACAUGAUUCCUGGCCUUUCUAUGAACAAAGUUGAGCAACCUAGGAAUCAUCAUGUCGAGGCAGAGAAGCCACCAGAAAUCUCUAAUGAAGAGCCUUCUUCAACUACAAAGAAAAAGAAAGUUAGCUUCAAGGCUCUCGCUGGUGAUUUUCUAAAGGAUUUGUAGAGUACUCUCGUCUUAUAGAUGGAUUAUUAUGUAAUGAAUAUAUGGCUCAAAAGUUCAAAUUUGAACUAGUGUCAAGUUCUUUUCAUAUUUUCUUGCAAAUAGGGUAACUGGUGUUUGUCUAUAGAUGUAAGAUUCACUGAUUCGGAACACCAUAGUUUUUUUUUUUUGGUAGAUGAACACCAUAGUUUCUACUUGACACUUAAGUAAACAAUGUUUUAGUAGCAGAAGUAUUUAAUUUUUCUUAACAAAUGAUAUGAAUAGUUACAGUUAAACGGA